AGUCCCUUGCACUAGUAGGAUCAAACACAUGCUGUACAAAAUAUUUGAACAGCACGGUAUUAUUGAACACACUUUUUUAAAACCGAACAACAACAAACAUAACGAAAUACUAUGUACUUUAUAAAUAAUAAGUAUUGAUUUUGUUGAGAGUAGAGUGGCUGUUUGUCCGUCUCCCACACCAUUUCAUGAGAGAUGAGAAUAUUGCAACAUUCUACAAUUCGAUCACGUCCUUACGCAUGUUUUAUGCAGUACUGUUAUUUGCACUUCCAAGCGCAUUACUCUUCUUCAUCGUCUUCUUCUUCUUUGCCCCCAACAGAAGAUCACCUAUGUCAGCUCAUACUUGACCAAAAAUCCGCUUCUGAGGCCCUCCAAACCUUCAGAUGGGCCUCAACCUUCUCCAAAUUCACCCAUUCCCAAUCCACAUAUCGCGCUUUAAUCCACAAGCUAUGUAUUUUUCGCCGUUUCGAUACCGUCAAGCAACUGCUCGACGAAAUGCCUAGCUCAAUUGGAGCUUCUCCCGGCGAUGGGAUUUUCAUAACCAUCGUCCGUGGACUCUCGCGGGCUGGAAUGACACGAAGGGUCAUCAAAGUUAUUGACUUGGCUUACAAGUUUCAUGGUACGCCGUCUUUGAAGAUUUUCAACUCAAUUUUGGAUGUUCUUGUGAAAGAGGACAUUGAUAUGGCUAGAGAGUUUUAUAGAAAGAGUAUGAUGGAGAGUGGUGUUCAUGGAGAUGAUUAUACUUUUGGGAUUUUGAUGAAAGGUCUUUGUUUAACUAAUAGAAUUGGUGAAGGUUUUAAGCUUUUGCAGCUUAUUAAGUCUAAUGGGGCUGCUCCGAAUACUGUCAUUUACAAUACUUUGCUCCAUGCACUUUGCAGGAAUGGAAAGGUUGGUAGGGCUAGGAGCUUGAUGAAUGAGAUGGUGAGCCCGAAUGAUGUUACCUUUAAUAUUUUGAUAUCUGCGUAUUGUAAGGAAGAGAAUUUGGUUCAAGCUCUUGUUUUGCUUGAGAAGUGCUUUGGAAUAGGUCUUGUACCUGAUGUUGUUACCAUAACUAAGGUGGUUGAGAUUCUAUGCAACGCAGGCCGUGUAACGGAGGCUGCUGAGGUUCUGGAGAGAGUUGAGAGCUUGGGGGGUUCACUUGAUGUUGUGGCUUACAACACAUUGCUAAAGGGGUUUUGUGGAGUGGGAAAAGUGAAAGUUGGACUUCAUUUCCUGAAGCAAAUGGAGACUAAAGGCUAUCUUCCAAAUGUGGAUACCUAUAAUAUACUGAUAUCUGGGUUUUGUGAGUCUAGGAUGUUGGAUUUGGCUCUUGAUCUUUUUAAUGAUAUGAAGACAGAUGGAAUCAAACGGAACUUUGUUACUUUCGACUCAAUGAUUAGAGGUUUGUGUUCAGAAGGAAGAAUCGAAGAUGGUUUUUCAAUUUUGGAGUUAAUGGAGGAAACCAAAGAAGGCUCUAAAGGUCACAUUAGUCCUUACAAUAGCAUAAUCUAUGGUCUAUUCAAACAAAAUCGUUUCAAUGAGGGAGCCGAGUUUCUAACAAAGACUGGAAAAUUGUUCCCUAGAGCUAUUGACAGAAGCAUGACAAUUUUACAGCACUGCAAGGAAGGUACUAUGGAAGAUGCAAAGCGUGUAUAUGAUAAGAUGGUUGAUGAAGGUGGAAUUCCAAGUAUUAUAGUUUAUAACUCUCUUGUUCAUGGCUUAUCGCAACAAGGUAGUAUCCGGGAGGCCGUAGAGCUUAUAAAUGAAAUGAUAAGUAAUAACUGUUUUCCCAUUGCAUUUACAUUCAAUGCUAUCAUCACCGGGUUUUGUAGAGAAGGAAAAAUUGAAAGCGCCUUGAAGUUCAUGGAAGAUAUCACUGCAAGAGGUUGUGUACCAAAUACAGAAACUUACAGCCCUUUGAUUGACGUGUUAUGCAGGAAAGGGGACCUUCAGAAAGGCAUGCAGGUAUUUUUGGAAAUGGUAGAGAAGGGUAUCAUUCCUAACCAAUUUAUUUGGAAAACACUGCUACUUAGUUUGAGUCUGCAAAACAAUAUCAGUAAGAAUGUGAGCAACGUAGAUUAUUUACUCUAGUGAAUUAGGGAGAGUUCAAAUUUAUUCUAAAGGUGGUUUGAUCAAAUUUAUUCGAUGUUGUCAAUUAUCAAAUACCAUAUAAGCUAUUGAUUAGUGAAUCAUCAAUUCGGUUUAUGAAACUGUAGGUUUGAUAUAAUUUGGCCCCUAAAAAACAAUUUAAAAAUGACCAUGAAAUAGAAAUUUGUUGUUCUCCUUAAUUCUUCUAGGUCUGUCAAAUUAGUCUUUGAUAUCGCUGAGAGACUAUUGUGAAUUGUGAUAAUCAAUUUUAGACGUCAUUUCGAAA